CGGCCGCAGAUCGGGAGGAGCAUGUGGACGCUAGGGCGCCGAGCGGCUGCCAGCCUCUUGCCCCGCUCGGCGUCCCCGGGCUCUGCCCAGGCCCGCGCCGGGGCCCCGCGGCCAACGAAGGACUCCCGGCUCUACGGCUGCCGGGGCCUGCGCACCGGGACCGCCGCGGCCGGCACACCCAGCCAGCCCAGUCUGAGCCUCUGCUGCCUCAACCAGAUCCUGAAUGUCAAAAAGCAGUGGGUCUGUUGGAUGAAUUUGAGGACAACGGGAACUUUGGGUGACGCUGGCCCUCUGGACGAUACCACCUAUGAAAGACUGGUCGAGGAGACGCUGGACUCCUUAGCAGAGUUUUUUGAAGACCUUGCAGACAAACCUUACACAUGUGAAGACUAUGAUGUCUCCUUUGCGAGUGGUGUUUUAACAGUUAAACUGGGUGGAGAUCUAGGAACGUACGUGAUCAACAAGCAGACCCCAAACAAGCAAAUCUGGUUGUCUUCACCAUCCAGUGGCCCCAAGCGUUACGACUGGACCGGGAGAAACUGGGUGUACUCCCACGACGGUGUGUCCCUCCACGAGCUGCUGGCCACAGAGCUGACUCAAGCCUUAAAAACCAAACUGGACUUAUCUUCUCUGGCCUACUCUGGAAAAGGCACCUGCUGCCCAGCCUAAUGCUAAAGACAUGGGAAGCUCUAAAGCCAAGACCCCAGCUUCGUUCUGCAGCUGAAUGGCUAGUUCUUUUCCAUUCCUGCUUUUGAGGACAGCUGCAUCAUGUGUAACGGCUCUGUGAAAAGACCGUGUCGCCUCCUGCCCUGCCCCUGAGUUCAGAUUUUUAAUUUCCGUAGGUUUCUUUGGAUUUAUUAUCUGAUUUCCUCCCUCACGUGAUAGCCCUUAUCUUUCGUAAUGUCUGUAUGCCCAUACCUUUAAUAUAUAACCUCACAACAGAGAAAAAGAGGAAGGACAAAUUCCAGGAGGAGAAAUGAAUUGGCUUCACCACUCAUUCUCUGAAAGACUUACUACAAAAACUGCAUGAAGAGCGGCUGGCCAACCUUGCCAUCCCAUCUCAAAAUGAGACUCAUUAAAGGGAAGCCUAAUACAUUCCUACUUCUCUUGAAAGCGUAAACACUUCUGAGCCCAGUGGCAACUCGGGAAUUCUGAAACCAAAGACCCUUUUCUGUUUGUGCUUUGUGACUGCCAGGGUGUGGCCCGCAUGGGGUGACACAGGGAGAUGCGGUGCCGUGUCUUCCAUAUGUGCAUGUAUAUGUACGCACACAUUUACAUGUGUGUGUACAUACAUAUUUUUUAAAUUUAAGGGUCAGUAUAGAAUAAGCUAUUGCAACACUGGUCUGUGGAUGCAAAAAAUCUCCCAAAAGCCAUCUCUGUAAGCUCAUGGAUAUAGUAUAAUAAAUGAGGUCAUGGAGCUGA